UAUCUAUUUAAAUAUCUGCAAUAGUUUCCAGUGACAGCUUAUCCAUGGAAAUGUGAUCCCGUAAGUAACGUGGUAAACAGAACCGGCGCGCUGCCCGUGUGUUGAUGGGUCGCCUGUCCGUCAGUGCUGUGCGGGUCCUUGGCAGUGCUUACAGGAUCGCUAAGGCCAGCACCAGAACCAUGAGUGCUUCACCGCCCCAGUCAGAGUCCGCCCAGACACAGGGCCAGAGCAGCACCAGGGCUAAGUGUCUGUUCUGCAGGAUUUGUGAUGGCCUGGAGCCCAGCAACAUUGUCCAUCAGGAUGAGGAGUUUGUGGUGUUCCCAGACAUCCGGCCAGCGGCACCUCACCACUUCCUGGUGGUGACACGGGAACAUAUCACAGACCCCAAGUGCCUCACCAAGGAGCACAUCCCCACAGUGGAGAAAAUGAUGGCAUUGAGCAAGGAGGUUCUGGUCACACAAGGAGGAUCGCCGGACACUGCCAGGCUGGGCUUCCACUGGCCACCCUUCCACACCGUGAGCCACCUCCACCUCCACAUCAUUGCCCCCGAGAGUGAGAUGGGCUUGAUAGGCCGGGCAAUGUUCAAGGCCAACUCCUUCUGGUUUGUCACUCCGGAGAAGGUUAUUGAACAGUUACAAAAGAAGGCAUAGUGUAUGGUGAGUGUCUAGAGCUGAAGAGCCAGCCAGCCAGCCAGCCAGCCAGCCAACGAAUUAGUCUGUGUGUGAUAAUAUAAGAGAAUGCCUAUGGACUCAAGAUUAUCAGAAAUUUAAGGUGACACAAUGAGGUAACUAAUGGGGCUAUACAUGCUCAAAGCUAGGGUAGGGAGGAGGAUAAUUUUGUUUCGUAUUUUGGGAAGUAAUGUCUUCGUCAGAUAGAGGAUGAGCAUAAGAAUAAUGGUAAAACUGGUUCGUUGACAGAUAUUGGGUAGAAGGUAUGUAUAGGUAGAUGUAGAAAUACCUUUUGUGGGUAAGUUGUAUUAUGUAUUGUAAUUUUGAGAAUAUGAAUCAUAUAUUAUUCCUCUUUAUAUCAGGUGUAGUGAACAAAUAUGACAAUAAUGAGGUUUCCAAUAGAAGUUUUGUAGAAGGUAGAGCAAAGGUUCUCAAAUUUGGGUGCCACGGACAGUGCCUAGGGGUGCCACAAGAUCAUGAAUUUUGAAUCAUUCUUUUUUUUUCUUUUUAUGUUAGUCUGCAUUUAUAAUUCUGAAGUUCAUCUAAUUUGACUGAUGAGUUCUGUCUGGGCAUGUACUGUACCAUAUAUUAUUUCUGGUUUGAGUAUGGAUAAUAAUUUCAAUUCAUUAAUUAAAGUAAUUUAAACAGGUACAAUUGUGUAAAAGAAGUUAAUUCAUAUGAGGAGGGGGUGGGUGAAAAAGGGAUGCCACAAAACAGUUUAUAUAAGUUCAGGGUGCCAUCUCUGAAAAAAGAUUGAGAACCUCUGGGGUAGAGUAUGGAGAAAUAAUGUGGGCAAGUUGCAUCCUAGUUGUACAUAAAUCACAUUACUAAUAUCUUCUUUGCUUCCGUAUUGGAUAUAAAAAAUUAGCGUUACAAUUACGAGUAUCUGAUCAAAGUCUGGUAGGAGGUAGGCAAAGAAAGAAGCCAUAAGGGCAAGUUGUAAUCUAGCAUGUAAGUAAAUAGAUAAUAUAUUCCAAGUGUCUGUAGUGAUAGGGUUUGUUAAGGUCACGAUUUUGGCAUGGGAUGAGGAAGCCAUUGUUAGGGGAAGAGAGAGAGAGCAGAUCAGUGGGUGGUGCCUGCAAUGUGGGGUCUGUCUAGCAAGCUUUCCUUAUAAAUCCGCAUAUGCUCUAUUAUGAUAUGUUAUGCACUUUGUAAAUGCCACGACAAUUAGUGACU